AUGGCACAGGCAGCAAGUCUGCCAACCCUUUCGGUCCCAGUCUCGAGCGCUUUGCUCAAGCUGCUGGGUAAGAGGAAGCGUCCUGAGCUGACUCAGGUACAGUCGGUGCUGCGAGCUUCGGAGACCAAUCAGCACGUGGCCGAUGUGAAGCAUGGCCUAGAGGUCCUGAAGCAGCGCUCAGAGGACGAAGCUGCCAAGCAGCCAAACUCUGCGCAGAUGAAGAUCAGGACUAACAUGCAGCAGGCCAUGGCCAAGAAGCAUCAACAGCUCUUGAUGGACUUCCAGAAGGCCCAGAUGGAGUUCAAGCGUACCCUUGAGCGUCGGCAGCUGCGCGAAAUGCAGAUUCUGAUGCCCGAGGCCUCGGAGCAGCAGCGACAGGAGAUGAUCUCAGACGGGCAGACUGCAGCGCUCAUGGUGGCCAAAAAGAUGGCCGGCACCCAUGCCCUCCUCCUGGAUGAGGUGAAGCGCAUACAGGACAAGCACAAGGACAUCAUACGGCUGGAGCAGAGCAUCACUGACCUGGCACAGAUGUUCGAAGAGAUGGCUGUCCUCGUAGAUGCGCAGGGUGAGAUGUUGGAUGCGAUCGAGGUUCACGUGAACAACACAAAGGGCUACACUGCGCAAGCAGAGCAGGAGUUGAUCAAGACCCGGAAAGCACAGAUGCAGGGGCGAAAAUGGAUGUGCUGCAUCUCCAUUCUGAUUUUAAUUGUUCUACUCGUGAUCCUUGGGCCGAUUCUCAUCAGAUAG